UAAGCCGUACGGUGUUGCGUGUUUAUUAAUAGUUUUAUAUAGAUAGUGGUAUAUUGUUUGCCUUUGUGCUUACAUUUCCUACUAUCGUUACUUACAAAUACUGAAUUAGUACAACAAGACUUGCUGUGUUGUUGAGAGUUGUAUAUUUAACUUAUGUAAUCCAGGACAAAUUUAUAGCUGAGAAAAUUUGUUGUUAUUUUUGAGUACAUGAGGAUCAAUUUAUUAUUAACUGGUAGACAAUCUUCAAUAUCAAGUAAGCAGGAACAGUUUAUAUGUGAAGCGCAGAUACAGAAUACGCAUUAUAAUUUAAAAUGCCGAAGUUUGAUAUGAUGCCGGGUGAGAUAAGAGAAUAUACAACCAGGUCACCAACAAGGAAAUUCUGGAUUAUAGCUAUAAUAAUAGGAAUAGCAGCUUUUAUAAUAGGAAUAUUAAUAGGUAAAUACGCCGCUUGUGAUACGUCAUCUCCACCAGCUGAAGUUCCUGCCACACCAGAAAAAGAUGGCGUCUUCCUCCCCGGAGUUUCAGACGCCAUCAUUAAGGAAGCUGAUCUGUCUGUCAGAGAUUUGUUAUUAAAAAACAUCGACAACAAAAACAUAGAAAAACAUCUAAAGGCUCUGACAGAGAAACCUCAUAUAGCUGGUUCACCAGAAGAUGAAGAUACAUUAGUUAAUUAUAUAAAAGGUUUCUGGGAGAAUGCUGGUUUUGAUGAUGUACAGACAGCAACUUACGAUAUAUUGUUAUCUUAUCCAGAUAAAGACAACCCUAACAUGAUAGAAUUACUUAAUGAAAAUAAUGAAAUUGUUUAUCAAACACCUAUAGAAGAAGAUGUUCUAACUCCAGGCAAAAAUAAUACAGAGGGUAUUCCCCCUUUUAACGCCUACUCCCCUAAAGGCAUUGUUACAGGUCAGUUAGUUUAUGUUAAUUAUGGAAGAGUAGAAGAUUAUAUACAUCUAGAAUCUGUUGGUGUUAAUGUAUCCGGCUGUGUGGCUAUAGCAAGAUAUGGUAAAAUCUUCAGAGGAAGUAAGGUUGAUAUAGCCCAAAGGCAUGGUGUUAUAGGAUUAAUUCUAUAUUCGGACCCUAAAGAUUACACUAUACCAGGUGAAGGAGUUUAUCCUGAUACAUGGUGGUUACCUGGUUCUGGUGCCCAAAGAGGAACCAUUUUUACUGGUCAAGGUGAUCCAUUAACCCCAGGAUAUCCAGCUAUAGGUACAGCAUAUCGAUAUGAAGAAGAUAAAGUUGAACCACCUCUUCCUAAAAUACCAGCACAUCCCAUUGGUUAUACUGAGGCUGAACAGUUACUCGUUAAUUUAACUGGCACUAACGUGACAGAGGAAUGGCAGGGUGGAAUAAAUAUUACUUAUAAAUACGGCCCAGGGUUUAUUAACAACAACUGGAAAGUAAGAAUGAACAUAUCUACUCAAAAUGCACGACGUAACACAACAAAUGUUAUUGGAUUUAUAAAAGGGGCGGUUGAACCAGAUAGAUAUGUUAUAUUUGGUAAUCAUCGUGAUGCCUGGGUGUACGGGGCUAUAGAUCCAUCCAGUGGUACAGCUGUUUUGAUGGAAACUGCUAGAGUCAUGGGUUCUUUGGUUAAAUCAGGUAAAUGGCGACCACGUCGAACUAUUUUGUUCUGUAGCUGGGGCUCGGAAGAAUAUGGCUUGAUAGGAUCUAAUGAAUGGGUAGAGGAAUAUAUGAAAAAUAUUAAAGAAAGGACUUUGGCUUAUCUAAAUAUAGAUAUAUCAGUGGACGGAACAAACACACUUCGUUCUAAAACUACGCCAUUGUUAUACAACGUGAUGUACGAAACUGUAAAGCUGGUUGAAAAUCCUAACGCUACAGAGAUAGCAGCAGGAAGAAAAACAGUUUACGACACGUGGUUAUUAAACAGACCCUGGAACAUAAAUGGUGACAUUUACGGAAAACCAGAAAUGCAAUCUAUGGGUUCAGGAAGUGACUAUGCACCAAUUUUACAAAAAGCUGGAGUGACAUCUGUAGAUUUUAGGUAUACCUACGAUAAGAGCUUGCCUGUUGUGGGAUAUCCACUUUACCAUUCACAAUAUGAAACAUUUUAUGCUAUGAAGAAUCUCAUUGAUGUUGACUUUAAGUAUCAUCAAGCUGUUGCUCGUAUUGGUGCUGAAUUAGCCAGAAAUUUAGCUGACUCCCUUAUCAUUCCACUAAGUGCCUCAGAUUAUGCCUGGGAUCUAGAAAACCUCAGAGUCUCACUAGAUGCAGAAUACGGUUCUUAUUUAAGGGGUAACAUCAGUAAUUAUGACGAUUUAAAAAUGGUUAUUAAAAAAUUUGGUGAAGAGGCAGCCGAUUUUGAAGAAAGAUUAAAGAAUGUCAAUAAAAAUGAUCCAUUAUUAACAAGAGUGGUGAAUGAUCAGUUAAUGUUGUUAGAGAAAUCGUUCUUAGAUCCAGCUGGUUUACCAUCAAGACCUUUGAAAAAACAUAUGAUUAUGGCUGAAAACAAGAAUGAUCAUUACGCUGCCAGUAGUUUUCCUGGGCUUGUAGAUUUACUGUUUGAGAUUGAUAAAUUAGCUGACCCUUCUGCAAGAUGGGACGAGAUCAGACAACAUUUCUCUGUUAUUUUAUUUACUAUCCAAUCAGCUGCUUCUACUCUUCGUGACGUCACCAUGUUCCAUUCAUAACACAAAAUGUUUUAUCCGCUACAAGUUUGAGAAUUAGCCUUGGAAUCUUUAAACCACGAGUCUGUUUCACCAACUUCCAAAUAUGGAAAAGUGUCAAACGAAAAUUACACGAAUUGGGUUUCUUUCUAGACAAGCAAUAAUUGCGGAAAGUAACACUGAUUCAGAUUAAAAAAAAUAUACCAUUUUAUAAAUUGAAUAUACUUUUAAUUAAAAUCUUAAUGACGCCAGAGUAAUGGACAUGGUCAGUUGCAAACCUGCUUUUUAGAAUCUUCUGAAGUUUAAUUCCCCUAUAAUAAUGUAAACUUAUUAGAAUAUAGAUAUUGCUUUAUGCCUGUAUAUAAAUAAUAAAACAUAAUAUUAAGUUUAUUAUUGUUAUUAAUUAAGUUUUAUUACCUGCCAAUCAAAUAGUUUGUAUUGCUACGCGAUUUUUAGUUUAAAUUGAAUUGCUAAAAUUAUGACUCGUUGGCAUACAUAGAACUGUCACUGUGAGAACUCAGUUGAGAUGGAAACUUUAGAUUAAAAUGUAGUGUAAAAAUCAAGGUUUUUAGAUUUUUUUAUUCCUAGAGAGUUUUGAAAUUUAUUAUAAAGGUUUUUUUUUUGUUUAGUUCAUGUAGUAUAAUUAUUAUAUAUUAAUGUUGAUGAUUAUGAUUAUGUUUUUGAUUAUAUAUAGAUGAACUAUAAAUAAAUGUAUGGUGAUGUAAAACUUGUAUUUUAAAUCUGAUAAUAAAUUAUGUAUUUUUGUAGAUAA